GGCAGUUAACUCAAUGUCAUAUGACUGUGUUGUUGUUUUGGGACGCAAUUAGACAUUUUGUUAUAUCAUUAAUACGUGAUCGAACCGUUUAUAAGUUAAAUCAAAUCACCAAAUAAUUAUUUGCGAUGGCGAGCUGUUCUGGAACCUUUUCAAAGAUAGCUUUGAGUGUCAUCGGCUUCCUGUUUUGGGGAGCUGCUGCAGGACUGAUAUUCCUUGGAGCAUGGGUGUUCAAGACGUACAAGCACUACAAUGAGCUGACGACAGCCAACCUUACCCUGAUCCCUGCCCUCAUUGUGAUCAUCGUCGGCGUCAUUCUCUUCUUCCUUGGCUGUAUGGGCUGCUGUGCUGCCUUCAAGGAGAACAAAUGUCUUCUGGCCGUCUUUUUCUCGCUGAUGCUGGUGAUUCUGACAGCGUUGGUAAUGGCUGGAGUGCUAGGAUACGUUUUCAGAAACAAUCUUGAGUCCUCUGUGAAGGAUGGGCUCACGCAGGCACUCAACAAGUACCCGAAACUUGAGAAUGAGACAAACACCGAGAAGGAUCAGAUUGACUACCUGCAGAAGAAGAUGAAGUGUUGUGGAAUCAGCAACUACACAGACUGGAAGAACACGACUCGAGUCACCGUUCCGCAGUCCUGCUGCAUCAACGGCACGAAGUGUGAUGUCUUGAAGACCUCAAACCUCUACAAGCAGGGCUGUCUGAAGCAGUUGGAGGAUGAGUUUGUAAAGAAUCUCAAGUAUGUGGCAGGAGUGGCCAUCACCUUUGCUGUCAUAAUGCUGCUGGGUAUGAUGUGCAGCUGUGUAUUGCUGUGUAAGAGGAAGGAGGUGCGCUAUGAGCUGCUUGGAGGGCCAAACUCCGGCCUCCGUGUGUAAACAAGCCUAACUCGCAUCCAGGGUGGGGCAGUACCUGCUAGGGUAGUGAUGGACAUUCAACUGAGAUGCUCUAUUAACAUCUAGAAAUAAUAGUGUUGAUAUUUAAUACUACAGCAUACUUUUUUAAUUUAUUUUUUUUCCAUUAAGAUUGAUCGGAUAACACCAUGAUUUUAUUGAUUCACAUGUGUUUUAAAGUUUUUAUGAUCGAUAAAAAGACGCAUUACCGUUUGCCGCAGGUUUAUGAAUAUUGUGUGAUAAUUUCCUUCUGUCUUUCUGCCUACAAUGUAUCACAUUUUAAAAGUUAAGACUGUAUUAUAUCAACUGUCUGAUAUGAACAUUGCUGUUGUACGUUCAUGUUAGAUCAUAUUCACUUUUCAAGUUUGCAUGUUUCUACAUUAAAGUAUUUUAAGUUUUAGGUUUUUUGCUAUCAAACAUUGUGCAUCUUAACACAAUUUUGUGCAUAUUCAAUACAGAGACAAAUAUUGAACAAUAUUUAAUAAGAACAGGAAGAAUCUGCGUUUUUGUAUGUGAAAACCGAAGAAACACAUCCAUAAAUCAAAUUGAUUGGUCUUUUGAACUUUAUAGCAUGAAAACAAACAGCUGUAGAUUUAGAAAAAAUUGUUUUGAAUUUUGAUAUUUUUAUGAAAAUAUUCUGUUAGUUUGUAACUUUAAGAUAAAAACUGCAUAUAAACAGGCUACUAGUGAGCAUAAUAUUAGGAUUGGACUUAGUUUGUUAUUGAUCUUUAUAUGUUUUAAAAUGUGAUUUUGAGAUGACAUUGCGGAUUUUUUGUUUUUUUCUCAUUUGUUCUUAUUCAUAUGUCAUGUUGUUAAUGAAUGCAUGAAGGGUCUGUCAGACAGACAACCACAGUUGAUGUGCUAUGUUUGGUGUAGUUGGUUGCUAGUACCGUUCAUAUAUCUCUGGAGAAUGGUCAUUACGCUGUAAAGGCAGGAGAAAAGCAUGCCUUAUUUAGAACUUCAUGUUUUCUGGCAAGUCGUUAUUAGAUCCUGGCUUCUAUAGUUUGAUGUUAUUAUCUGGCUUCUAUAGUUAGAUGUUAUCAACUGGCUUCUUUAGUUAGAUGUUAUCAACUGGCUUUAUAGUUAGAUGUUAUCAACUGGCUUCUAAAGUUAGAUGUUACCAACUGGCUUCUAUAGUUAGAUGUAAGAACAGGCUUCUAUAGUAAGAUGUUACCAACUGGCUUUAUAGUUAGUUGUUACCAACUGGCUUCUAUAGUUAGAUGUAACCAACUGGCUUUAUAGUUAGAUGUUACAAACUGGCUUCUAUAGUUAGAUGUAACCAACUGGCUUUUAUAGUUAGAUGUUACAAACUGGCUUCUAUAGUUAGAUGUAACCAACUGGCUUUUAUAGUUAGAUGUUACAAACUGGCUUCUAUAGAAAGAUGUUAGCAACUGGCUUCUAUAGUUAGAUGUAACCAACUGGCUUUUAUAGUUAGAUGUUACAAACUGGCUUCUAUAGAAAGAUGUUACAAACUGGCUUCUAUAGUUAGAUGUUACAAACUGGCUUCUAUAGUUAGAUGUUACAAACUGGCUUCUAUAGAAAGAUGUUACCAACUGGCUUCUAUAGUUAGAUGUAACCAACUGGCUUUUAUAGUUAGAUGUUACAAACUGGCUUCUAUAGAAAGAUGUUAGCAACUGGCUUCUAUAGUUAGAUGUUACAAACUGGCUUCUAUAGUUAAAUGUUACCAAUUGGCUUCUAUAGUUAGAUGUUAUCAACGGGCUUCUAAAGUUAGAUGUUAAAAACUGGCUUCUAAAGUUAGAUGUUACCAACAGGCUUCUAAAGAUAGAUUUUACCAACUGGAUUCUAAAGUUAGAUGUUACCAACUGGCUUCUAUAGUUAGAUGUAACCAACUGGCUUUUAUAGUUAGAUGUUACAAACUGGCUUCUAUAGAAAGAUGUUAGCAACUGGCUUCUAUAGUUAGAUGUUACAAACUGGCUUCUAUAGUUAGAUGUUACCAAUUGGCUUCUAUAGUUAGAUGUUAUCAACGGGCUUCUAAAGUUAGAUGUUAAAAACUGGCUUCUAAAGUUAGAUGUUACCAACAGGCUUCUAAAGAUAGAUUUUACCAACUGGCUUCUAAAGUUAGAUGUUACCAACUGGCUUCUAUAGUUAGAUGUUACAAACUGGCUUCUAUAGAAAGAUGUUAGCAACUGGCUUCUAUAGUUAGAUGUUACAAACUGGCUUCUUUAGAAAGAUGUUAGCAACUGGCUUCUGAAGUUUGAAGGUACCAACUGGCUUCUAUGGUUAGAUGUUACCAACUGGCCUCUAAAGUAAGAUGUUACCAAUUGGCUUCCAAAAUGUUGUUUCCAACUUGCUUCUAUAGUUUGAUGUUACCAAUUGGCUUCUAUUUGUGUUGAAUCUCCACUGUCUUAGUGAGGGUAAGUGUAUGUAUAAGUACUUGUCUUUUAUUGAUUAAUGUUUCUCUGUUGGUCAGAUAUGUUAGUAUUGGUUGCCGAUGAGUAUAUGAGUUUUAAAUAGCAUAUGAUUUUCUCUCCUUGAUUUUCUUAUUGAUAUCUGUCUGUUUAUUAAUAAUUUAUACAAUUGAUACUAAUUUGUUUGUAGACUCCAUGUUAUUUUAAAAUAAUUGCUAUUUAUCUCUGCUUAAAAAUUUUCAUCAAUCUCUAUUGAUUGUAAUUUUGUCAUUGUUAUAUCCAGUUUUUUUCCAUAACUUUAGCCCAAUUCCUCUUCUUUCAAACAAGUAAUGUUUCACACAAAUAUCAAUACUCCAUUUAAGACACUACAGACAUUUCAAUUUGUAAUCAAGUUUGUACAACCCUGAGAAUUGUUUUCAAUCCCUGAUAUUUGAUAGUAAAAAAUAAUGCAAUUUUGAGUAAAUGCAGUUUUUGUAUAUAUGUACACGCAUGUAUAAUCCUUGAUUACAUGUCUAGAUAUGAUAAUGUGUUACUCUGCUUUCAUUAUAACAUAUGUAUAUAUAUAAAUAUUUGUAUAUAUAUAUGCAUAUAUAUAUAUAUAUAUAUAUAUAUAUAUAUAUGUGUGUGUAGUUCUCUAGCGCUUCUCAUAAUACACAUUAUUGUUAUCAGCUUACAUCUACAUUUUGUUUUUAUAAAAGAGUUGUGAUCAUAAUGUCUCCAUUGUAGUCUUAUAUCCCUCUAUGUACUUCCCCUUCCAAAUGUGCCUAAUACUGUUAAUCAGUGUUUUUGUGGGCAUUUUGGCGUUAAACAGAUGGUUUCCACUCAAAAAUUGUUAUUAGCAUUGGUAGAUUAGGAUUGCUUUUCAGGUUUGUGGGGUCAAUGUCAGAUAUUAAAAAUGAAAAAAUGGUUUCCGCUGAAUAACUUCAGAUGGGUGGAGAUGAAACUUGGUGUGUGGGUAGCUUUUGUUAAAACUUGGCUAGAUUUACGGGUUCAUUAGAUAGUAUAAUAUAUCGUCUAAGAACAUGAUUGCCGUGACACAGAAUGAUGAACAACAUGACUUAUUUGAAUAGGCCUAAAAAAUUAUCUUUUGUUUUCUCGGUUCCAAUAUUUAGACAAAGAAGUAGUACAGUGCAUUACAGAUUUGAUCAAUUUAUUUCAUGGUAUAACAAAUAUAAAUAAUACUUUAUUUCAUUUGGUUACACAAACUCAAACACUGUACUAAUACUAAUUUAACGUUGAAAAUAAAUUGGGAUGUGAAUCAACAUGCAGCUCUGCUUGAGACAGUAAAAAAUGUUUUUAGUUGGCCUUGCCUUAAUCUAGACUUUAGUUAUGACCUGCUGGUGUUUAGCUUCAUUUAACCAUUGAAAAAUGUAUCUGUGGCAGGUCACAUUGUUUGGUUUUAUGUGCUUGUACAAAUGCCAAAUGUUAUAAAUCAUGUGUCAAUGUACCAAGGAUUGGAUUAAGGUGACAGUGGGGUCUACGUCAAGGAGGCUGUUACUAAAAUAGAUGAAAACAAGAGGCCCAUGAGGGCCUAUGCUCUACUGGCAUGGCUCUUGUGUUCAUUUUCAAUCCAGAGCAUGUAUGUAUUGGUAAUAGGCACCAAACAUAUUGUUUACUUGGAAUGUUUUGUGUUUGGGUUAGCUGAAAACAUUGCACUGUCAACAUCUGAGGACAGAAUUUAUUGUAAGCAGAUUAGUUGCAUGAACUAUUUUAAUAUGUGCCAAUGACAAUAGUUCAUACCCAAAUUAUGUACAUACUAGUUGCAGCACACAUUCAAAGAGAACCAUAUGUUUUAAAGAAAUGCAAAAAUUAGUUUUCCUGGUAAUACAUCUGAAAACAC